AUGCCAUAUCCGACGGGAAAUCCAACCAACAAGCACAUGAUAUCGAGCCCAUCGAUGCCAGCUGAUGGUACAUUGCAGACUUCCUAUGGCUUUUCCAAUACACCAGAUCUUUUCAAGGCUCUCGAAGAUGGGGCACCAUCCAAUUUAAAGCGACUUGGCGAUGUGUACUCAUAUGCCGACGGUCCCAGUCCGCCUCUUAGUCGGGAUUUUCUGGUUGUCGGGUUCGCCGAUACAGCGUUGUCUGUCGUUCGCAAGCUGGUCGGAGACGACGACGACGACACACCGCCAUGUCUACAAAAAUGCUUGAUUAGUUCAAAGCGUAUGGAUGGAUCGUAUGCAAAGAGUCUUCGACCCAAAGACAUGGAGAAUUCGAAAGCCUUUUCCCUCUUUAUGAGGCGAUUGAAGAAAGAAGGUGUCGUGGCAAUAAUUGCGAAGGACAAAUACGAACGCUUCGGUAUUUUAAAGCCGUCAGAGAGCAUACAUCCAGAAGGUGAACUUACAGCCGACGAUUUUUUUGGCAUUUGCUAUGUUGGAAGGGUUGAGCCUAUUAAAGAUUUCCUCGCCAAAGGAAUUCGCGCUGUUGUCGACGAAGCAAUUGUUGACGAAUCUAGCGUCCUUUGGAAACCUACUGGCGUGAUGGCUACCAACAACGGAUUGUGGCAACCUCCUGGAAAUAACGAAGAUACCGGGGCAGAUCCAUUCUCUUGGAAGCCACCUGAUGGUGACACCAACGGUCUAUCCUCGGGAAAUGAUUUUGAGGCCACGUUUCAAAAUACCUGGGAUACUGUAGAAUCCGGAGUUGGCAAUGUUCUGUCUACUAAAAGGAAACGGAAAGACAACGAGGAGCACGGAGGAGCUAAUAACGAGAACGAUUUCCACUCAAACGCGGGUGCAGCGGCAGCAGAUGAGUUUUAUUCCAAACUCACGCGUUCUUUGGACACGCGCGCCGAAUCCCGCCUUUUCCACAUGCGCUCCUUCAACGGAUGGGUCAAAGCAACACAAAUUCAAGAGUUGGAUCCAAGAACUAAGCCUGAUCGAGGUAAGGCGGGUGGUCCAAUGCGGGUGUUAGAUCUCGCGUGUGGGAAAGGCGGCGACUUGGGAAAGUGGGUAUUGCACGCUCGCGGAAUAAGCAAUUACGUGGGAAGUGAUGUGGCUCGAGGAUCGCUGCGUGACGCCGCUGUCCGAGCUCGUCAAAUACGUCAAAAGCUAAAGCGAUGUACAUUUAUUUGUGCAGACUUGGGGUCUGAUGUUCCUGGGAGGCUCAAAUCGCCGAAUUCCAAAUACAUGCAAAAACUGUCAAUGUGGUCGCUCCAAGACGAAUCAGAGCAUGAAACUGGAACACCAGAGUUUAGGAUGCUCCGAGGUGGGGGAAUAGCUUCGAAUGAGAAGUUCGAUGUCAUUUCUAUUCAAUUUGCCAUCCACUACAUGAUGCAGACAAAACAGCGAGCUCAAAGGUUCUUUGAAACUGUCAGCCAGCUUCUUGAAAUUGGAGGGAACCUGAUUGCUACGACAAUUGAUGCUCGGGUCGUUAUAGCCCACUUGAUGAAUCUCGGUCUUGACCUACAUUUUGACGAAAGCAGAAAUAGCACAAUGGAUCAAGAAGCUAUCAUUGAAGUGGGUGGUGGGGCUUGCCGUAUCCAGUUCGAACCCAAAGUAGUGAAACGAAUUUUUCAAUCGCAAGCAGAUAGCUCAACUUGCGUGGAUGAUCUUUUCGGCUUAGAAUAUUCAUUCACUUUGGUGGAAGGCUCUGAUCAUGCUGCGGGAGUAGGGAACGCUGUGAAUUUGCCAGAAUGGUUGACACCCAUACCAGCACUCAAGUGCUUGGCUGCUGAAGCUGGGCUUGAACUGGAAUAUGUUCAGAAUUUUCAUGAGUUCUUCGCUAUUCGAAACGACCCAAAUACUCAUACAGCUGCACAUAGUGCAUUGUACAAUAUGAAAGUUCUGAAUCGAAAUGGAUCUUUGUCGACGGAAGAGUGGGAGAUCAGUCACCUUUACUGCGCUGUAAAGUUUCGCAAGGUUAGUGAAUCGACAAUGAAACUGGACGACAUCGUCGAAGAGGCUGAAGAGGAAGACGAAAUUGCACCUUUGAGAUUAAAGCAGAUCGAUCCUUUGGUCAAAGCAAAGCUAAUGCCUAGAGCUAUGAGAGAAGCAAAGCAGAAUAUCGGAAACGAGGCAUGGCUAAAACUUUCUGCAGAAGAAAAGAAACAUGUUGUUGAUGUCUCCAUAGAAAAGCUGGUACUUGAAUGUGGAUAAUCAAAAAUUACAACU